GGUUGUGGAUGUGGAUCUUCAGCUCCGUCCAUCUCUGCCGUGAAUAUUCAUUCUCGUAUCAAAAAUGUCCAAUAUUGUGGUUUAAUCAAAACACAACGGGUUAUUUUUCACUUGGUGGUGUUUUUCAAGUGAAAAUAUGUUACUGUACGAUUGAAAAUGUCAUUCUAUACGAGUAGUUUGCUACUCUUUGUUACGUCCAAGAAUAGGCGGAAGUAUAGUAACGAUAUAUUGCUGCUGAUCGUAAUCUAUUCGUCGGUUUAUUUGGUCUUUUCGUAUAACAUAAAAUGUCGAGAUAUCGAGUGUGUGAAUGGCGAAUGUAUAAAUGGAACUUGCAUAUGUCGCGACGGAUGGCAAGGACCUUUUUGUCAGUUCUGCGGUGGCAAGAUAAGACUAUCGAAUCAGUCGGGAUUCAUUUACGACGGGAUUGGAAAUUACAGCAUAGAUAGCAGGUGUAGUUGGUUGAUCGAUGCUGGUAGUUCUAAUUCCACUAUUCGAUUACAUAUCGAAGAAUUUGGCACUGAAUGUGGCUGGGAUUAUUUGUAUAUUUUCGAUGGUGACAGCAUUCAUUCUCCUUUAGUUGCCGUCUUAAGUGGACUAAUGUAUUCGGAUAGUUAUGCUGUUAGACGACUGCCAGAAAUUGUUACUACGUCUGGAUACGCUUUAAUUUAUUUUUAUAGUGACAUAGCUAUUAAUAUGUCAGGUUUUAAUAUAACGUAUAGACUUAAUUCAUGUCCAAGUCGUUUAUCUUCUGUUUCCUGUUCCGGCAACGGGAUUUGUAUAGAAGGUGUAUGUACCUGCGACGCAAUGUUCACCGGAGAAGCUUGCGAUGUUCCUGUUUGUCCGAAUAACUGCAGUUAUAGUAACGGCGUUUGUAAACGCGAGCAACAUAAAUGUGAUUGUAAUCCCAAGUAUAAAGGAGAUGACUGCAGCCAAGUUGCUGAUAAUGGAUAUUGGGAAGUAAUACAACACAAAGAUUUCUUGCCGCAAGGAUCUGCUUCUCAUACGGCCGUAGUUUGGCGAGAUUCGAUGUACGUUAUCGGUGGAGAAUCGUUUAAUAGGGCGGAGAUGAUUUAUGUGUACGAUUUUAAUGGAAAUGUAUGGGAAACACCUCACAUGGAUAGUAAAAAUGUUCCUAUACCUCGUUACGGUCAUUCUUCGGUUUUAUUCGGAGAUAAAAUCUACGUUUACGGAGGGGUAACGGCAAAUGGGCAAAUUUGCAAUGAACUUUGGGCUUUUGAUGUCAGUGCCAAAACAUGGGAGAAUAUUACCGUUCGAAGUGACCCUUGUAUUCCAUCUAAUGCGACCGCGAUGUGCGGUCCUUUGAAAAGCGUCGGCCAUACUGCGACAUUAUUUACAAAUAAAUCGCGUAAAUCGGAAAUAAUGAUCGUUAUUUUUGGAUAUUCGCCUGUAUUCGGAUUUUUGAACACUGUCCAAGAGUAUCAUUUCGGCACAAGAGAAUGGAAAAUAGUUAAAACCAAAGGAUUCCCGGUGAAAGGCGGAUAUGGUCAUACCAGCGCUUGGGACCCGCUUACUCAGCGUAUCUACGUGUACGGAGGUUUCAUAUCGUCUAGUGUGGCGUCAUCUCAUAUAAGUGAUAGAUUGUACUCGUACGAUCCCACCUAUCGCACUUGGAAAAUGUUGAUGAAAGCUCCGAGUCCUCGGUACCUUCAUACGGCCAAUUUCAUCGACGGAUUGAUGCUGGUUUUUGGAGGCAAUACGUAUAAUGGCUCAACCAACAGCGAAUUUAUGAAGUGUUACUCUCACGAAUUCCUCAUGUACGAUGUGUUUUGCGAUACGUGGGUCAAGUCUUCCGUGCCAUCGAUGUUUUAUAGUGAUUUAGCUCGGUUUGGUCAUUCGGCUGUUACGUUCGAAGGAUCUUUGUACAUUUAUGGUGGAUUCAAUGGACAAAUGAUGAACGAUAUACUAAAAUUCACUCCGGGAAGUUGUUUUGCACUUAUCAGUCAGUCAUCCUGUCUGAACAUGAAACCAGGAUUAAAAUGCAUUUGGGAUCGUAUCCAAGGAAAAUGUCUUCCUAAUACUGCCAUAUCGCGUAGUCAAAUUACCGCUUCUCUAGACAGAACGGAUGAUUCAAAUGUUUACAUUAUAUGCGCUGAAGAAAGCCGUUCACAGAUCGCCACGUCGAUGGAGUUAUGUUCGUCUUUACGCGAUUGUCAGUCGUGUGUACAGACGUCUCUGCAUUGCGGCUGGUGUCCUCAUCAAGGGAUCUGUACGCAGAACAAUCGAUGUAAAGAGCCUUUACCUAAUGCAAUGGGCUAUACUACUUUGAGACCUUAUCAGAAUUGUAACGCCGACGAUAAUGCAUACUGUCACAAUCAGCACACUUGUCAGGCAUGUUCGCUGGUACAGAACUGCUACUGGAAUCGUAGCGGAUCGUUUUGCGUACCUACCACUAAUUUAACAAUGGAAGAACAACAGGAUGUGGGCUCGUGUCCAAAUAGCUGUUCUGACUACACGUCGUGUUCCAAUUGCACAGAGAAUAGUUGCAUGUGGUGUCAUACCGAAGAACGAUGCAUCGAUAAAAAUGGAUAUUCGUCUACCUUUCCUUACGGCCAAUGUCGCGAAUGGACCGCUAAUUCUAAUCGAUGUCGACCUUCGACAGGUAAAUCGGCUUGUACGUUUUAUAAAUCCUGCGGAGAAUGUCAGACUGAUCCGGAAUGUGGAUGGUGCGACGAUGGAUCCGGCACCGGAUUAGGAUUCUGUUUACCCGGUGGAAAUACUAGUCCACAGAUUUGCUCGAGCGGAAAUUGGUGUUUUACGUGUUGCCCUUCUUGCCAGUGCAACGGUCACAGCGUAUGUUUAAGUAAUACAAAUAUAUGCAGUCAACCAUGCGGUAAUUUCACUCACGGUCCUCACUGCGAACGUUGUAUUCACGGAUAUUAUGGAAAUCCUUUAAACGGAGGGACUUGUUUACCUUGCGAGUGUAAUAAUCAAGCUAAUCAAUGUCACGCGGAGACCGGAAGGUGUUUCUGUACGACCAAAGGUAUUAUUGGAGAUCAUUGCGAAAAAUGCGAUACGCAGAAUCACUAUUUGGGAGAUCCUACCGUACCUCGUGGCUCUUGUUUUUACGAACUAGCGAUUGAUUUCCAAUUCACGUUUAAUUUAUCGAAAAAGGAAGAUCGCCAUUUUAGGCAAAUUAAUUUCAAAAACAGUCCGCCAAAAGCGGAAAUCGACGCUGAUUUUAAUAUUUUAUGUUCUGUUCCGGCGAAAAUGAAUAUUACAAAGAAAACAGGUGAUAAAGAUAAAGAAAAAGUGUUACUAGAAGCGCAUAAUUGUUCGAAUUUUCGGACACGAUUUUCCAAAACCGAGCAUAGUUUCGGAUUAGACAAUAACGAUUCGAUGACUACUUUUUACGUUUACGUUUAUGAUUUCCAUCCGCCGUUAUGGAUUCAGAUAUCGUUCUCACAGUAUCCCAAGCUGAAUUUACAACAGUUUUUUAUUACGUUUUCCUCAUGCUUCUUGUUGUUGUUAUUGGUUGCGGCUGUUCUAUGGAAACUCAAGCAAAAAUACGAUACAUAUCGUCGACGUCAGAGACUUUUUGUCGAAAUGGUACAAAUGGCUCGGAGACCUUUCUCAACUAUUAAUUUGGAAAUUGAUCCGAAAAGCCCACCGGAAGACGUCACCACCAUUUCUGUAUCGGAUACGCUGAGUCGGCGGAAAAAAGAAUAUCCGAAUCCUAUAGCAAUGGAACCGUGCAACAAUAAUAAAGCGGCUGUGCUCUCAUUAAUUGUUAGAUUACCUACAGGUAGUGAUGCUCAUACUCCAAAUGGCCAAUCAGGUAUCGCAAUAGCCUCAGCUUUAGUUACAUUAGGCGGUAAUACUAGAAAAAUAAGUAUCGACUCAACGGUGAAAACCGAUCCUAAAGGUAAAGGCCGUAAAUGCACCGUAACUAAUCAAAAUGCCGAGAAUUGCAUUUAGUAUAAUUUGCGUUUAUUAUGUAUUUAUUUAUUUUCGCGUUAUUUUAUAAGAACUGACUUCAUAAUAAGUGUUUUUAAAAGAAAGAAUGGUGAAAAAAAUGACGUAAAUGAUAAGUUUAAAUGAGAAAAAAAAUAUUUAUGAUUUUUUUUUAAUUAACUUAUUAAAUCAAUAUUUUAAAACAUUAUUUUAAAUCGCGUUUCUCGUUUAUUUGUUCCAUCACAUUUGUGUUUUAUCUUCUAUUUAAGACUUGUAAUACUUUCCAUCUUUUAUUAAUUUUUUCUUUUCGAAAUUUUCUAGUCAUUUCUCGCUUUUUAUUUUAUUUUGUCAUCACUCUGCUAAGAUGUAUUCGAGUCACCGAUGUUUAUUUAAUAAUUUAUUUAUUUUUUAUUGCGAACAUUUUUGUUAAAUAUGUUUUUUUUCCCCUGUAGAUUUUAUUAUUCUGUUUUAGAUGACAUUUGCCCGGAGCAUUGUGUAGUUUUUAAGUAUAUUCCAUUAUUGAAUGAUAUCGCGCAACAUUGCCUUUUUGUAGUAUUUUUUUAAAAACUUUUAUCAUUCCCCUUUGAAUCUCGAUGCAUUUUUUUAAAAUGAAUGUUUAGUUCAUUCCAGUAAAUUAAAUGAAUUUUUAAAUUAUUCGGCGUCAUUCUUACUGAGGAGCUGACGUUAUAAAAUCAGUAUUGUUAACUUUUCUCGUUUUUUUUUUUUUUUUUUAACCGAGUGUGUGAAGAUUUUUUUGUAAGACAUGUUUUUACAAAAUGUUUGUUAGGUUUUCGAAUUGUAUAUGUUUUUUCUUUCUUUUUUUUUUUUGUUAUUUAUUUGUACCUAUUGUGUUUGUCGUGAGUUACGUAUCGUAUGACAUUGUAAAUGUUUUUAAAAAAUAUUUUAAUUCAAUGUUUAUUGUAAUUCUCAUUUGUGAAAGUGAAUUAGACAUUUUGUUCAUGA